CUAUAAUCAGAGAAAUGUUAAUAGGAUACAUGGCAAUAGAAAAAGAUCAUUAAAACAAGUUUCAGCAUGAAUUUUCUUUCAUUGUUUAUUGGUAUCAUAAUAUAACCGAGGAAAUGUGGCAGUUGUUGAUAAUUUUGUUACUCCCAAUUUUUUGGCAAUCUGCUCAUGGUGAAGCUACCUUAGAUGACAAGUAUUUCUUGGGGAGAGACAGCAUGUCCUAUUCUCAAGCAAUACAGACAUGUCAGUCACGAUCGAUGAAACUAAUCAGUAUUGAAAAUAAAGAGAAGAACGAUGAAGUUUCUGAAUUAAUGAGACAAAAAGAUAUUAGUGAAGCCUGCUGGAUAUCUGCAAGAACUUUACCAGACAGAAGAACAUAUGUGUGGCUAGACGGAAGACCCUUCAUAUACCAAAACUGGAAUCCAAAAAGAAAUUUUCGUUACGAUCGAGUCUUGACAGACAAUUGCAUAGCAGUGGCAAGAGAAGGAAGCAAUCUUUACUGGAACGAUCUAGUGUGUCAAAAUCGUCGUUGCUAUAUUUGCGAAUACCCUACAAGUGGUUGUGACCAACAUCAAAUCAGAAUCCGAAUUGAUGACCUUUUGAAUGGCACCAAUACAGAUGCUCAAACAGCAAGAAGAAAGGAGUUAUUCAUCAGCAAAACAAGGGCAUCAUAUGGACAAGCCACAGAACGAUGCCAAGAUAUGUCCAUGGAGCUAGCCAGUAUCUACGAUGAAAAAGAGAAUGAUGAGAUUUACCAGCUGGUGAAAAACGAUACUAGUAUAUUUUGGACUUCGGGAUACAGAAACUCGGCUCAGGAUUAUUGGAAAUGGUCCGAUGGGAAAAACAUCACAUUCUAUAAUUGGAGGUCAGGGGAGCCCAAUAACGCUAGAAAAAAUGAAUUCUGCAUCAUGGUCAGUAUCUUAGACGGUUCAUUGAGAUGGAUGGAUCAGCCUUGCCAGGAUCCGUUUAGAUACAUUUGCCAGAGUAUCGUUCCCAAGGUGGAUAUCAUUGUUAAUGGAAAGAAGGUAGUGUCUCAGGGAAAAAUUAAUGCCACCACGACGAGUUUGGAUCAGGAGAGACCGUUCGAAGUGUUUAUUGACGUUGAAUCAGCUCCUCCAACAGACACACGUGACCAGAUCGAUUGGGAUUAUUAUAUAGGCGAAGAUAAGGUGAGCCAAUCAGAUGCCAUCGAUGCCUGCAAGCAACGAUCCCAACGUCUUCUGACUAUAGAAAACCAGAAUAAAAAUGAUUUGGUCUUCAAGUUGCUAGAAAAAGAUCAAGUACGCGGUGUAUACUGGACGUCUGCUUCGAGGGACUCUAUCAAAUCCCAAUGGAAAUGGGGCAACGGUGAUCCAGUGACGUACUUCCACUGGGGAGAAAGAUCAACAAACCCCAAUGCCAAUGGGGCGACUUGCAUUGAAGCACACAAGACCGAAAUGGACGUCACGUGGUCAGAUCUACCUUGUAACGAAACCCGUCAAUAUAUCUGCGAAACCACGAAGGUAUCUUCGGUGAACAAAGCUGGAGGAACAUUGUUGAAUAUUACGUACGACAACGAUUGGGUAUAUACAAAUGAUACUACUGUUUUUGUUACUGUCAUGUAAAUAAAACCUUUUCCUCAUGUUAUUCAUCGAAUUGCCAAUAGGUCACUAUUUGGAACAUAUAGAUUGUGUGGAACUGAUGCUGUAUGUCUAAUAAACUUUUGGAACC